CAGCGGCGGCAGCGUCGGCGGCGGCAGCAGCCACCCGAUGUCUUCCGCGCCGGAGAAGCAGCAGCCACCGCACGGCGGCGGCGGCGGCGGCGGCGGCGGGGGAGGCGGUUCGGCCAUGGACCCCGCGUCGUCCGGCCCCUCCAAGGCCAAGAAGAGCAACGCCGGCAUCCGGCGCCCUGAGAAGCCGCCCUACUCGUACAUCGCUCUCAUCGUCAUGGCCAUCCAGAGCUCUCCCACCAAGCGCCUGACGCUCAGCGAGAUCUACCAGUUUCUGCAGAGUCGUUUUCCCUUCUUCCGCGGAUCCUACCAGGGCUGGAAGAACUCGGUGCGUCACAACCUUUCGCUCAACGAGUGCUUCAUCAAGCUGCCCAAGGGCCUCGGGCGGCCCGGCAAGGGUCACUACUGGACCAUCGACCCGGCCAGCGAGUUCAUGUUCGAGGAGGGCUCGUUUCGGCGGCGGCCGCGCGGCUUCCGAAGGAAAUGCCAGGCGCUCAAACCCAUGUACAGCAUGAUGAACGGGCUCGGGUUCAACCACCUCCCGGACACCUAUGGCUUCCAGGGCUCGGCAGGCGGUCUCUCGUGUCCGCCCAACAGCCUGGCGCUCGAGGGCGGCCUGGGCAUGAUGAACGGCCACUUGCCGGGCAACGUGGACGGCAUGGCCUUGCCCAGCCACUCAGUGCCCCACUUGCCCAACAACGGCGGCCACUCGUACAUGGGCAGCUGCGGUGGGGCGGCGACGGGCGAGUACCCACACCACGACGGCUCCGUGCCUGCCUCCCCGCUGCUGUCGGGCGCUGCCGGAGGCGUCAUGGAGCCUCAUGCCGUCUACUCAGGCUCCGCAGCCGCCUGGCCGCCCUCGGCCUCUGCCGCCCUCAACAGCGGUGCUUCCUACAUCAAGCAACAGCCUCUGUCCCCCUGCAACCCCUCGGCCAACCCUCUGUCCGGCAGUCUCUCCACACAUUCCCUGGAGCAACCCUACCUGCACCAGAACAGCCACAACGGCCCGGCUGAGCUGCAAGGCAUUCCGCGCUACCACUCGCAGUCUCCAAGCAUGUGUGACCGAAAGGAGUUCGUCUUCUCCUUCAACGCCAUGGCUUCAUCCUCGAUGCACUCGGCGGGCGGCGGCUCCUACUACCAACAGGUCACCUACCAAGACAUCAAGCCGUGCGUGAUGUGA